AUGAAGACUACCACCUACAGUUUGCUCGCUCUGGCAGCGGCUUCCAAGCUGGCUUCCGCCCACACCACCGUCCAGGCCGUCUGGAUCAACGGCGAGGACCAGGGUCUCGGUAACUCCGCCGAUGGCUACAUCCGCAGUCCCCCCAGCAACAGCCCCGUCACCGACGUCACGUCCACCGACAUGACCUGCAACGUCAACGGUGACCAGGCCGCCUCUAAGACCCUCUCCGUCAAAGCCGGUGACGUUGUCACCUUCGAGUGGCACCACAGCGACCGCUCCGACUCCGACGACAUCAUCGCCUCCUCCCACAAGGGUCCCGUCCAGGUCUACAUGGCCCCGACGGCCAAGGGCUCCAACGGCAACAACUGGGUCAAGAUCGCCGAGGACGGAUACCACAAGAGCUCCGACGAGUGGGCCACCGACAUCCUGAUCGCCAACAAGGGCAAGCACAACAUCACUGUUCCCGACGUUCCCGCCGGUAACUACCUCUUCCGCCCUGAGAUCAUUGCCCUCCACGAGGGUAACCGCGAGGGUGGUGCCCAGUUCUACAUGGAGUGUGUCCAGUUCAAGGUCACCUCCGACGGCUCCAGCGAGCUUCCCUCCGGUGUCUCCAUCCCCGGCGUCUACACCGCCACUGACCCCGGUAUCCUCUUCGAUAUCUACAACUCCUUCGACAGCUACCCCAUCCCCGGCCCGGAUGUCUGGGAUGGCUCCAGCUCCGGCUCCAGCUCCGGAUCUUCCUCCGCUGCUGCUGCUGCUACCACCUCCGCUGCUGUCGCUGCUACUACCCCCGCCACCCAGGCUGCCGUCGAGGUCUCUUCCUCCGCUGCUGCUGUCGUUGAGUCCACCUCUUCCGCCGCCGCUGCUACCACCGAAGCUGCCGCUCCCGUCGUCAGCUCUGCUGCCCCCGUCCAGCAGGCCACCUCCGCUGUCACCAGCCAGGCCCAGGCCCCCACCACCUUCGCCACCUCUUCUAAGUCCUCCAAGACUGCCUGCAAGAACAAGACCAAGUCCAAGUCCAAGGUUGCUGCUUCCAGCACUGAGGCCGUCGUUGCCCCCGCCCCUACUUCCAGCGUCGUCCCUGCUGUCAGUGCCAGCGCUAGCGCUUCCGCUGGCGGUGUUGCUAAGAUGUACGAGCGCUGCGGUGGUAUCAACCACACUGGCCCUACUACGUGCGAGAGCGGCUCCGUUUGCAAGAAGUGGAACCCUUACUACUACCAGUGCGUUGCGUCUCAGUAA